GAGUAAUAUGGAGAUUUCGACACAAAAUUACCAGAUUGUGUUCCUUCUAGACUUGCUCAACUCUGCCCAAAAAGACUCGAAUGAGGUUGACAUUGUGAAAAAUGCUGCAGCUCUUAAAUCAACGGUUUUGAAGAUUUUGAGUUUCUUCGCCGGAAAACGAGGGACUGCAGAUUCACUGAAGUGGGGAUAUUCUUAUAUCUCGGAGAAAUUGUAUGUGCAGAGGUACGAAUUUAAGGAGUUCAAGUUAAAGCAAUUCGAAGAAUUUGAACAAGAUGUGGAACAUAAAAUCCAAGAUCUCUCGACGAAAGAAGCAAAUACGAUCGAAACGUUGUCAAGCGCAUUGAAAAUCGUGUCACAAAACUUCUGCUGGGACCAGCCUGAUCUCAGCUCGCCAGUUCGAAGAAAGCCCAAAACAUACUUUACCCAAAAUAAGAAAACACGUAAACAAAACAGUGUGAACGAAAUCCCGGUUACAAAACAACGAAAUAUAGUCUUCGUUGUUGCGCCAUGCCCAGACAGCGAGCAUAUGCUGCAACAGUUUGUUGGAUCAAAAACAACAAUAUCUUCGAAAAUGUUGAAAGACAAAUUAAUGGUGGAUGAUCGACUUUUUCGCGAUAUCAACAUUCAGCUUUAUUGGAUUGAUACAAAUGUGUCAUUUUUACAGAAAUCGGUGAACAUAGCACAUGACAUAAAGGGAAUUACAAUGUUGUCUACGUUAUUACAAAAUAAUCUAAAUGGUAUGGUGAUACCAGUGAAUGCAUUGCUACAAUGUGGCAGACAUGCAACGACCACUAUCCAGUCAGCAUUAGGAAUUACGAGUCAUUUUCACAAUCAAAGCGAGGAAAACAGUAAUCCAUCUCAUCCAGAUUCUAAGGAUCACACGGACGGCCACUUGUGCAAUGCUAGUAAGAGUGACAACCAAUUAGAAUCAAAUAACGAUAGUUCAGAACUGCUUUCAAGGAACAAUUUCAAACAACGAAUGACUAGUUUUCCCUUGCCAUUAUCUGCAAUAUUGGAUUAUUACACAAAGCCAAAUAGAUACUCGGAUGAUUCUUCCCAGUCUCGGCAAGUUUGUUUGUGUAAAAGGAAAAGGGAUGAAACUUUGGAGGUGUUUUGUCAGCUUGAAAUGCAAGAUUUCUGUCCACAGAGGGUACUUGGAUGCAAUAAUAGUAAAACAGACACAGUAUCAGCACCUGCAAGUUGUGUUAACAGUAACUUGAAAUCAGUUGAGGUGGCUGCUGCAGUGAGCGUUAAAAAAGACACAAAUACCAGCACAUUGUUAUCUGUGGAUGUUGUGGAUCAGGACGUUAAGCCUCAGGAUGGGUUUAUGUAUAUCUGUGGUGUUAUACCAUCCAGUAGCAUCUCUGUAGAUAUGUGUAAUCAAUCUCACGCAUAUGGAUGUAUUGGAUUGGAACAAUCAUUGGAAGGAGGUUGUACUGCAGAGAAGCAACUAUCAUUAUGGUAUCAGAAUCUGUUGACAAUAUUAUCCAAGAAGAAUCUUUCUUUGGUUGUUGAGUUCAUGGACCUCUUCAGUGGUUUACCAGUGACUGCUGUAUUGCAACCUUUGACCUUCUCCAUGGCAACACUAAGACUGAUCCUGCCUGAGAAGGUGAUUUAUCUGGAUAAAUCUUUGAUAUUUGGUUUUUCUCAGACUGAGAAUGGUGAAGUGAAUGAGGAAAAAGAACAUCACCCCCCUGUGAGUUCACUAAUGCAAGAUUUACAACAGUUAUACUGGAAGGAACAGCAGAAAGAUAAAGAUGAUAAAAUGGAAAAAGAACAAGAACUACGAAUGAAGCAACAUGAUACAGAUGAACCAAAGAAACUGAAACCAAAAAGGACAAUUAAAAGAAAUAAUUCCCAAGCGUUGAUUCGUGGUAAUUUAAUGGUAGAUAAAAGUAGAGAAGUGAUCAAGAAACAGAUCCACAAAAAUUCCAGUGAUAAUAAGAAAAUUGAAGCAGAAAGACUAUCAGUUGACCUGAAAAUGAGAAGACAGGAAAUUGAGAAGAAAGUUCAAACCCAAGAAUUCAAGGACAAAGAAGAUCUGCUUUCUCAGCUCAAUGAAAAAUAUGAAGAAGCAUUACUAAAGCCCCUUUAA